AUGGCUUCCCAGCGAGUGUUACAGCUUGGCCUGCGACGGGCGGCCGCCCCCAGCUUCAGAUUCCAGCCUGCCGGGCGCAUGGUCCAGCGGAGACUCGCAAACACCCAGACUACUGGAAAGGUCAGCCAAGAGACUGGGGAGGAAAUCCUCGCGAAGCAGCGCCUCCAGCGUCCCGUCUCCCCGCACAUGGCCAUCUACCGACCGCAGAUCACCUGGUACGCCUCCGGUCUCAACCGUAUUACUGCCGUCAUCAUUGGUGGUGGUCUCUACCUCUUCGGCUUCGCAUACCUCGCUGCUCCUACGCUCGGAUGGCACCUCGAGAGUCAGUCCCUAGUCGCUGCGGUCGCCGCAUGGCCGUUGUGGGCUAAGGCCUCCGCAAAGUUCGCCAUUGCGAUGCCUUUCUUCUUCCACAGCGUAAAUGGUCUGAGGCAUUUGGCUUGGGACUUCGGUGUUGGCCUGAAGAACACUACGGUUGCACGAACCGGCUGGACCGCUGUGGCCGCUACAUUUGCCUUGUCGGCCUACUACGCUUUCUUUCAUUAG